AUGAAUUAUCGACGACAAGAUACACAACGGGCCCAUGUAAAGACGUGUGGGUGGAUCACUCGCCAUCCAUCGUAUACUACCUGGCUUGAAGAUGGCUCUGGAAUCCUCUGGAUCAAGGGCAAGCCAGGCUCAGGGAAAUCAACAUUGAUGGAAUUCCUCCUUCGGGACUUCGAGAAGCAAGCCUUCUACCAGGAAUCUAUUCAACUUUCUUUCUUCUUACACGGUCGUGGUACAAUUUUACAGAAAAGUCGGCUUGGAAUGUACCGAUCCCUCCUGCAUCAAUUAUUGCUGAGCGCGCCCACUGCUCGGGCCGAAUUUCGCCACGCUUUUCAAGAGAGGUCUAGGAGUCAAGGAGAUCCUGGAAAGGACUGGAAUUGGCACGUUAACGAGCUCCGUGCCUUUUUCAUGACUGCUGUUGAGCACGUCGCGACAAUACAACCAGUCAAUAUCGUUGUUGACGCAUUAGACGAGGCUAGCGAUGGGACCGACGAUCAAAAUACAAGUCACCAGAUCGUGUCGGAUUUCCAUGAAUUGAACAACCUCUUGCUUCAUAAAAAGCUUCGAUCUACGAUUUGCUUCUCAUGCCGCCACUUUCCAGUCGUAACUGAUAAUCAAGGAAGGGACAUCUGCGUUGAGGAGGAAAACCAAGCAGAUAUCUCGGUUUACGUUUGCGACGAGCUUCACAGGAGGCUCCGUGUGAGUGAAUCUGAGCAACAAUAUCUGGCGAAACUGCAAGAUGCCAUUGUUAGCGGGGCACAUGGAGUAUUUCAAUGGGCCGCACUUGUUCUUGCUAUGGCGAUUCGAUAUCACAAUGAUGGGCUGUCGCUAAGGGAGAUCAGAGAAAUGUUAGAAGAAGUUCCUGAAGAGCUGGGUGAUGUCUAUAAACAUAUCCUAAGGAAAGUCAUCUACAAAAAAUAUUACCCGGAAGCCAUACGCCUCAUGAGAUGGGUAUGUCUCGCCGAGCGGCCCUUGACCGUGACAGAGAUGUGCUUCGCCAUGAGUCUACGAGGAACAGAGAUACUUGGCCCGGGAUCCUCUCUUGCAGAACCGGAAUUGCGACCAUACGAUGUGAUGGUGAGACGAAUCGUUAGCUUGUCUGGAGGCCUCAUAGAAUCCAAGCGGCAUGGGGAGGAUCAGAUCGUACAGUUCAUUCACCAAUCUGUCAAUGACUUCUUCCUACGAGAUGGGCUUCGAUUCUUCGACAAGACUUCUGGAGAUCCAAUUGGACAAGGCCAUCAUCAGUUGUCGCUUAUUUGUGCAAAUUACAUGAGAAUUGCCGACUCGAACGAAUUUGAUGCUAAAUCUCUCAAGACCAAGCUCCCGUUCGUGGAUUAUGUUGCAAGAUCUUGGUUCUUACACGCCGAAAAGGCUGAGACACGAGGGGUUCCACAGGAUUAUCUUCUACGUUACAGUCAGUACUAUCCAAGUAUGCUGGAUCAUUGGGUCAGAUUUUAUGAAUUCCUUGAUGAUAACCACUACUCUGAACGGCAACCUGAGAAAUCUUCAACCAUGCUCCACAUUGCCUCCGGUGCGGGUCUUUUGAGCGUUAUAGAGGGUUUGCUAUUGACACCCCCUGAUCUUGAACAAAUGGAUGGUGAUGGAAACCGAGCACUCCACCAUGCAUCUCGUUGGGGCCAUGCAAAAGUCGUCAAAGCACUGCUUGAUGCAGGGGCUGUUUUUGAAGCAGAAAAUAACAGCAAAUGCACAGCACUAGAGCGAGCAGCAGCCAACGGGCAUGAAGGAAUAGUUGGAUUGCUACUUAUUAAGGGUGCAGACGUCAAC